CUUUCCGAGUCCUUCACCCGGAUCCGCUUCAAAGCAGGGUGAAAGAUAUUAUCCAUGGCAGCACCACUAGCUGCAGCCAUGGACUUUGAAGGCCCUGUCAACAGUAGUGAAGGAACAUCCAUGAGAUUGACGCCUUCUUUCAAGCUCAAGGCAGCACAGAGAUGUCACUCGUCGACUUGGAAAGCGGAGCAUGUGCAGCUUAAUGAAGUUCACAAAGUUGCACUUUCCUGUGUGCUUAUACACCUAGGUCUUCUUUCUCAAUGACCAGAAAGCUAGCCCAAGGAGGGCAACCAAGCUUUGUUUAUAAGAUUGCACUCUAUACUCUCUCAGUCAUUGCCCCACUUUUGAAUUCCUUUCUGUCUGAGCUACUGCUAGCCCAGGUUGGAGAAAAACAAGGGCUUGUGUGAAGGCAUAGCCGUCAGAUUCUUGCUAUCAAGACGUCAUGACAGCGCCAGUCCUUGUUUCUUCUGUUGAAGAAGUCAACACAGAGACCCCAAAAAGUGAGUUUCGCACCAAUGAGCUGCCCGCAGCCCCAACUUAUAACGCCACCACAAUGCAAGAAGCAACUGAUCGAGCUUUUGUUCAAGAGAGUUCCAAUCCAGAGCAAGAUGCCAAGCCUGAACAAAUACCAAAUCACAACUCAGAGGUUACCGCCCUGCAAAAUGGAGAAACCGAGACCCCCCUAGAUACGUCAACAGGCCUCCCUCUGCGGCCAAGUUACCGAACACCAAAGACGGCGUCGGAUCCGCCCGAGCUUCGAGUGUUGCACCAUUUUGUGGAGAAGACUGGGAACAUUCUGGCAAAUGGGUGGGUGCUCGGGAAAAAGCUGGGGUCAGGGGUGCAGGGGACGGUCUACUUGCUAGAGGACAAGGACGGGAAGGAUGCAGGGCGGGUGUUCAAGCAAGUCAACGUCCGCGCCGUUGCGCGAGUAUCCGGGGCUCUCAUUGGCAUCGAACGGGAGUGGGCAAUUGGGCGGGAAUUGAACCUGCUGAAUGAGGAUGACGGCUUUCUUGAAGGGUUCAUGCAAACGGGGUCAAAGGUGCUCAAGCCUGACGGCAGCUUUCUGGGAGUGGUUUUGGAGAAGCUGAAUGGGAAGGAUGUGAAGGAUCGGCUGGAUGAUACGGGGUUCAACGACAUUGACUACAUCAUGACGAUGGUUAUGCAGGUGUUGGGCGCCCUCGACAGAGCCCUCCUCAGGAUUGGCUUUCAGCAUCGGGACACAAAUGCGCACAAUGUAAUGGAGCAUUGGCUGGACGAAGAGCGGGCCGGGCCGGUGCACGAUACUCCUCCCAAGUUCAAGGAAACGGAGCUCGGGAAGAAGUUGAACCUGCGGGGGCUGCACUUCAAGCUCAUUGACUACGGCCACUCGUACACAAACAAGAACGACGCAAUCGAUCACCAGACGUGGCGCAAGGCGAGCCAAGUGAAGGAGCCCAAAGUUCCGUGUUACAGCACGGAGCACUUCUACAGGCGCGUCUUUCACGGGCGGAGCGACGUGUGGCGCUUCAUGCUGUCGCUGGGACGCGCGCUCGAGGGCCGCGUGUGGGAGCAGAAAGACGAGCGCAAAGUGCGCCUCCUCAUGGAGACCAUCCACUACACCACCGGCUACUCGCACAACGUCUACUUCGCGAGCGCUCCGGGGCAGCACAAGCAGGGCCUCUUCCGGCGACCAAUGUCGGUCGGGGGUCCGUUGUACGGCCUGAAAUGGGUCAGGAUCAUGUCACGUGCCUACUGCUGCCCGAGCCACCCCCUGACCACCCCCCGCGAGGCGCUCGACUUCAUCGAGGAGGAGCGGAUACGCGUCGGCCUCUCGGAGGAAGAUAUACCCUGACCGCUUCCGGGAUCUCCGGUCGCUCGGGUCGUGGCCCCUGUGCUUGGAAUCCUAAGCUGCCUGCGUAUACUGGCUUAUUGACCAACUUAUAGGAUUUUUUGACCUAGAUAUGCUGGCAAAAUUGUCCAAUAAUAACAUUUUUCAAGACUUGAAAGAUUACAUAGACGAUUCACAGGGAGUUCGGCCACCUUUUGUUAUCAAUUGGGGUCGCCACUCCGGCCGCUACGGAGUGGCCUGCAGAAAGGCUGUCGCCGCUUUGCGUUCGGCUUGUAUUAAUAUAGACUUGUACAAUAUUAUGUCAGACAAGAGGUUGUUGGAUAUGAGGUAGUGGUCCAGAAAAAUUUGCGCAGAAAGUCGGGGUACAAUUUAUACUUAGACAGACGGCUACCAUGCGACCCUUCCGAAGUUCUACCCUACGAAGGAAAGUGGGUAUAGCAAUACAGUGACUGCUUGGUUUCAUUGAGUUGGCAUGCAGCGCUGAAGCAGGGUCAAACGCGCAUGUGCCCUUGUCCAGUGAAACGAAUCACAAACUUGUUUCCACG